AUGGACCCGUGCCCGUUCGUGCGGGUGCUGGUCGGCAACCUCGCGCUAAAGAUGCCGGCGUCAACAACAUCCGCCCCACGCAGCACCUCCUCGUCCGGCUCCGGGGUACACCCGACCACGGCGCCCUGCUACUGCCGCAUCCGCCUCAACAAGCUGCCCUACCAGACAGCCUCGGCCCCGCUGCUGCCGGCGACGGAGGAAGGCCCGGCCUCCUGCACGGGCGCCUUCGCCGCCGCGUUCCACGUCUCCAGGGCCGACCUGGACCGCGCCGCCGCCAAGCCCGCGCUCCUCCUCGGCGCCCGCCUCCGCUGCCGCACCGCGCGCCUCAAGGUCGCCGUGUACGCCGGCCGCGGCGGAGGGGUCGGCGCGUCCUGCGGCGGCGGCGCCUCCGGCAGGCUGAUCGGGAAGCUCGUCGUCCCGCUCGACCUCGGGGCUGCUAUGGCUAAGCCCGUCGUCUUCCACAGCGGGUGGGUCCCCAUCGGCAAGCGCCGCGCGGGGCGUGGUAAGGCCGCGGCGGCGGCGGCGAGGACGCAGCUUAACCUCACCGUCCGCGCUGAGCCUGACCCGAGGUUCGUGUUCGAGUUCGACGGCGAGCCUGAGUGCAGCCCGCAGGUGCUUCAGGUGAAGGGGAGCAUGAAGCAGCCCAUGUUCACGUGCAAGUUCUCCUGCCGCAGCAACAGCGACCUGCGCUCGCGGUCCGUGCAGUCUGAUCCGGGCACCGCUGGCCCGCGCAACUGGCUGGCCAAGUUCGGUUCCGAGCGCGAGCGCGCGGGGAAGGAGCGGAAGGGGUGGUCAGUGACGGUGCACGACCUAUCGGGCUCGCCGGUAGCGCUAGCGUCGAUGGUGACGCCGUUCGUGGCGUCCCCAGGGACGGACCGCGUGAGCCGGUCGAACCCAGGCGGGUGGCUGAUCCUCCGCCCGGUCGACGGGACCUGGACGCCGUGGGGCCGCCUCGAGUGCUGGCGCGAGCGCGGCGGCUCCGGCGGGGACACCCUGGGGUACCGCUUCGAGCUGGUGCCCGACCACACCGCCAACACGGGCGCCAGCGGCGCCGGUGGCGCGGGCGUGUGCGUGGUCGAGUCCGGCGUCCCGGCGUCCCGCGGCGGGCGGUUCGCCAUCGACCUGACGGCGGCGCAGCCGUUCGGGCGCAGCGGGACGCCCGGGUGCAGCCCCCGCGUCAGCGGCGACUUCGGCCACCACGGCGGUCUCUGGCCGUUUGGCAGCUUCCGCGGAUUUGUCAUGUCGGUCGCCGUGCAGGGGGAGGGCCGGUGCAGCAGGCCCACCGUCGAGGUCGGCGUCGCCCACGUCGCCUGCGCUGAGGAUGCCGCGGCAUUUGUUGCUCUGGCCGCCGCUGUGGACCUCAGCAUGGACGCGUGCCGCCUCUUCUCCUGCAAGCUCCGCCGGGAGCUGUCGGCGUCCCGCGCCGAGCUGCUCCGGUGA